CCUCUUCAAAUAAUGAACCAGUCUUCCUUCAAAUUUAAAUUCGUUGGUUGCUUCUUUUCAGUUUUCAUUUCGUUUUCUCCUGAUCUGACUGAUAAGCAAAAAAUAGUCUCUCACAAUAGUAAAGGCCUCACUUCACACAGAUCUUAGCGUUUAGACAAUUUGAUCAAAAAAAGGCGUCGUUUUCAUCGGAGCGGAAAUGGCAGCGAAGCAAAUGGAGGAGAUUCAGAGGAAAUUAGGAAUGCUGAAUUAUCCAAGAGCCAAUGCGCCGGCGCAGUCUCUUCUCUUCGCCGGCAUGGAGCGUUACGCUCUUCUCGAAUGGCUCUUCUUCAAGUUAUUGGGCGAUAAAUCUCCUUUCUCACAACAAAAUUUACAGGGAGAUGCUAUGGAUCGCGAUGAAGAGACCGGUCGCAUUCAAUAUUUGGCAGAGAUUGCGAAGUUUUUGGGUAUUACAACAACUAUAGAUGUUGAAGCCAUUCAAGGGCGUGGAAGUUAUGAAGAUCGAACUGAAAUGCUUCAACUUAUAGUUGAUCUUGUGGAGGCGAGCAUCUAUGCUGAUAAUCCUGAUUGGAGCAUUGAUGAGCAAGUAGCAAAGGACAUACAACUAAUAGACUCUAUUGCAGAGAAACAAGCUCUUAUUUUCUCAGAAGAAUGCAAGUUGUUCCCUGCAGAUGUGCAGAUUCAGUCAAUAUAUCCAUUACCAGAUGUUUCUGAGCUGGAGACAAAGCUUUCAGAACAAUCAAAGAUACUCUCGAAUCUUCAACAGAAGGUCACAGAUUUGGCAUCUAAGCAUGCUUACAAUCCAGAUGAGGAGUAUGCAGAGGUGGAAUCCCAACUUCGGGCUAAUCUGGAAUCUUUUCUUGAAACCGCAAGAUCAUUUAAUACAAUUUACACCAAGGAAAUUCGCCCCUGGACUCACAUGAUGGAGGUACCACAGCUUCAUGGGUUUGGGCCUGCUGCCAAUCGCUUGUUAGAGGCAUACAAGAUGCUUUUAAAGUUCUUAGGUAACUUGAGAAAUCUUAGGGACUCAUAUGCAGCCCUUGGUGUUGGAUCGUCUGAAACAAUUGCUGGCGAGCCCUCUUCAGUCACAAGAAUUAUUUCAGAGUGUGAAUCUGCCUUAACAUUUUUAAACCAUGAUCUUGGAAUUCUUUCGGCCUCAAUUGCGCGUGAGCAAGGUGAAAAGGUGACUUUAUGAAAUAUUUUUAAAAGAUAGGGAAGACUGUCACCUCCUCUACUUCUUUUUUUUGAUAUGUUUUCCAGUUAUAUUUUCCAAAGCCAUCUUAGCUUUUUGAUUUCUUUAAUCGCUUAAUUGAUUGUUAAUUAAAUUCCACUCUGAGGAAAUGAUGAGUCUUAGAGGCCACAUUUUUAGUUAUAGUAUGGUGUUUUGUAUCUGUAUCAUGGUGGUGUGUAAUUUGUAGAUAUGAAUUUCAUGACUUUUAUACGCUAAUAUUGCUCUAGUUACGAUUGAAUACGAUAAGGUUUACAUGAUUAGUCCAUUGUCCUUA